GUGCGAAAAAAAAGGAAGAGAUGGAGGGAGGAAAAUAGAACGAGUCACCCGUAUGCGUUUCUCUCUCCUCUCUUUCCAAUCCAAUAUAAGUCCACAAUAUCAUUUCUUCCUCUUUCAUUUCACAUUCUUCUUCUUCUUCUUCUACACUCUCAAUUCAAUCAAACAAAGAUAUGGAUACCUUCCUAUUCACCUCAGAAUCUGUAAACGAAGGUCACCCCGACAAGAUCUGUGACCAGGUUUCAGAUGCCAUCCUUGAUGCAUGCUUGGAGCAAGAUAAAGAGAGCAAGGUUGCCUGCGAGACCUGUACAAAAACUAACAUGGUUAUGGUCUUUGGUGAAAUCACAACCAAGGCAAAGGUGGACUAUGAGAAAAUAGUUCGUGACACUUGCAGGAGUAUUGGGUUUGUGUCUGCUGAUGUUGGUCUUGAUGCUGACAAAUGCAAUGUUCUCGUCAACAUUGAGCAACAGAGCCCUGAUAUUGCUCAAGGAGUUCACGGUCACUUGAGCAAGAAGCCUGAGGAAAUUGGAGCUGGUGAUCAAGGUCACAUGUUUGGCUAUGCUACUGAUGAAACACCUGAACUAAUGCCACUCACACAUGUGCUUGCCACUAAAAUUGGUGCCAAGCUCACUGAAGUUAGAAAGAAUAAGACAUGCCCAUGGGUUAGGCCUGAUGGUAAGACCCAAGUUACAGUUGAAUACAAGAAUGAUAAUGGAGCCAUGGUCCCUAUUCGCGUGCACACAAUCCUCAUUUCAACUCAACACGACGAAACUGUCACAAAUGAAAAGAUUGCUCAAGAUUUGAAAGAGCAUGUUAUUAAACCUGUCGUCCCAGCUAAAUACCUUGACGACAAGACCAUCUUCCAUCUCAACCCUUCAGGUAGGUUUGUGAUUGGUGGACCUCAUGGAGAUGCAGGGCUCACUGGAAGGAAGAUUAUUAUUGAUACCUAUGGUGGUUGGGGUGCUCAUGGUGGAGGUGCCUUCUCAGGAAAGGAUCCAACCAAGGUGGACAGGAGUGGUGCUUACAUUGUUAGGCAAGCUGCAAAAAGUGUUGUCGCUUCAGGGCUUGCUCGUCGUUGUAUUGUGCAGGUUUCUUAUGCAAUUGGAGUGCCAGAGCCACUUUCUGUGUUUGUGGACACUUACAAAACUGGAAAAAUUCCAGAUAAGGAUAUUUUGGUUCUGAUUAAGGAGAACUUUGACUUCAGGCCUGGUAUGAUUGCUAUCAACCUUGACCUCACAAGAGGUGGCAAAUUCAGGUACCAGAAGACUGCUGCUUACGGGCAUUUUGGACGUGACGAUCCUGAUUUCACAUGGGAGACUGUGAAGAUGCUCAAGCCCAAGGCUUAAUGGAGUUAUGGUAUUUUCAGAGGUGGUUAUUUUAUCAUGCUUAGAUGAGAAAUGGGAGCAGAUAUGUGCUCUCCUAGGUGUGGACCGGAGGCUUUGGCACAAUAGGAGCAUCCAACAUUAACUACCACUUUUGAUUUUGGUUUUACUUGUUUAAAUUUCAUUACUGUUGCUGGUUUUUGUUUUCAUCAUUCUGCUAUUAUUUUCUCGCAACCGACUUGUGUGGUUGGUGUAAACUUAGAAUAUCAUUUGUUUUCUCGCAACCGACUUGUGUGGUUGGUGUAAACUUAGAAUAUCAUUUGUAUUAUUCUUUUGUAUUCAUAUUUACUUAAUAUAUUGUUUUUCAUAUAGAAAAA